GCAGCGGCGUUGCAAGAAAGGUCAUUGAAUUUUUGUGAUCUUAUGUACCGCCUCACAACAUUGAAGAAGUAGCAGCGACGGAGUCUUUGAACUAAAGAAAAAAUACUGCUACAUGCAAAGAAAACUCAGCGAUCUGUCGUCAUUGGCGCCAUUUAAAAGCGCGAACUACGACGCCGAUGGCCAAUCGCCUAUCGAGAGACCCAGGAGCUGUCUUACCAUGUGGCAGAGUGGGCCUCGCUCUUGCUCGUGUGGUGCGACGUCAACUUCUCGAGGUGGGCGAAACCAAUUUCUCGAGAUCCGCCGUCUCGUUAGAUGGUUCACAAAUGCGGCCCUUCUCACAACCCCCUUCGCGAGUAGACAAUGAAUCUCAGGACUUGGCCGCUGACCAAAGCGAAAGCUCUGAUCUCCAAACGAAUCGAAAUUUCCCUCAACCGAAUCGUGCAACAUAUCUUGUCGGUCGGACCACUCUCGAUGGCGAUGCUAGCAGCAUGAUUGGUUCUACCGAUCUCUGGAGCGCAGCGUAUCGCGAAGCUGUCGAAAGCCAUGGGCACGACAUUGACAUGGCUGUUCUUGUGGGCAACAGCACUGCAAACUUAUUUGCAGAACAACUUGAGCGGCUGGACAAAGACAGUGAUUGUGCACAUAUACAAGAACUCGGCUAGGCCCUACCAGCAUCAACAUCAAUAGCACACAACCGCUCUCCAGUAUGACAGUCAAAUCCUGGAGUCCUCGCUGAGUUUUUCCAGGAUCUUCGUGCAUUGCGCUCAGCCGAUACGUUAACACCAAGAUGUGACAUUCACGCUUCUUGGACAAGUCAGAAGAUGGUCUCAAAUCAGUAAUCGAUC